CCAGAAGACAUAAGACCUGUUGAAUUCGAUCAACGAGAUUCUACCUACUUCGACCUAGUUAGUGAACUCGCAAUAAUAGGAACAAAAUAUUACAUAGGAUCAACUAUUUCGCAAGCUGCUUCUCUAAUCAAUGCAGCUCAACAAAGUAAUAAUGAAAAUGCAAAACUCUCUUGGGCCCGUUUGGCAGCUCAUAAGAAAGAAGUGCUUACAGAUGAAUUUUCUCGAGUUAUGGAUAUAAUUAAAGGCGUCACAGCACGUCCUCUGAUAUCAAGAAUCCUAUCGGAAGAUCCAGAAGAUCAAGUUCAAGGAAUUGCAGAAUAUAAUGAACAAUUGCGAAAAAUAGCAUAUAUAAUAGAAUCAGAAACACCAACGGAAAUACAAGUUGCAUCACGCGAAGUUCGCACUCGGGUUACAUCAAUCGAAACUCACGAUGUCACUGCACCUUCAGAAGAACAUACAGCUUCCAUAAUUACAACAACAGAAGCUACAGCAGACACUAGACCAAAACCAGUUAGGUCUGCUACACCAAAACCAAGACAUACACCGAAGAAAUAG